ACGAUAAUUUCAAUAAAAAGCAAAACAAAAAGUUCUAUCCACUGGCCUACACAUACAUUAUUCAUUCUACAUACACCUGUGACCUGUCUCUUCCUCAACUUUCUUCUUGUUUUCUUCACUCAUGGCGAUUUCACUUUCUUCCGCUGCGAUUUCAGGUGGAUCUAAUAUCAGGACAUGUGAGCUUCCAUUCUCAAAAUGUAGCUCUUUGGGGAAAAUGACAAUCAGUGCAAUGCCAAGAAAGUCGAAACAGUUGGGAGUGCACCACAAGCUUGCUGUUCGUGCAGAAUACAGCAAUGAUGAUAGAGGUGGAGGUGGUGGUGAUUUUGUUGCUGGCUUUCUUCUUGGUAGUGCAGUUUGUGGAACUCUAGCAUAUAUCUUUGCUCCUCAGAUCAGAAGAUCACUGCUGAAUGAAGAUGAAUAUGGUUUUAGGAAGGCUAGGCGACCAAUAUACUAUGACGAUGAAGGUCUGGAGCAAAAGCAGAAGACCAGACAAACCCUCAAUACCAAACUGAGCCAACUCAAUGCUGCAAUCGACAAUGUAUCUACUCGCCUGCGGGGUGGAAAUAAUGCGGCUACAGUACCCGAGUCAGAUCAAGAAGAAGUAGAAGCCGCAUCAUAGAAUCGGGUCUAUUUUACCUAUCACAAAUUGUCUUUCAGCUGAUGCUUUUGCUGAGCCACCAGCCAUAUUGACUUCAACCUAUAUUUUAUCUCUUAUCAUCUGGAGACUUCUGUGAAUACUUUUCUCUUUAAUAGUUUAUGAUCUAUGUGGUCUAUUGGUGCAAACUUGUGAUGUAAUGCUGUUUCACAUAAACUAGAAUAUUGAAUGAGGUGAUUUUGAAUGCAUUUCUUGCAAUUAUACUCUCUUGUUA